GAGAAAUUACACAAUGGUUAUUUUUUAUAUUGUAUGAAUCAUCUUAUCUCUACAUUUCAAUUAAUUAUUGGCGGAUAUAACAACAAAUUCCAGGAAAAUACCGAGUAGUCUUUCGGGGCGGAGGGAUAUAACCAUCCUCCACUCGUCAAAAUAUUGGCGUUACAGAAGAGGUACGGAAAGACCGCGCCAAAGCGCAGACAGCAAAUACAUUCCGUGAUAUCAACACAGUCCCUUGGAUUUCUUACCACCUUCUUCGUUUGCUACUAAUAGUGAACAGCUCUGCAAGUGUCCUUUCUUCAGUACUUCAAGAAGACUAAUCUUCCAAGUGCAGGAAUAAAGCUACAAGAUUCUCGUUGUACACGGCGUUUCUAAUCUUGAAAAGGACGAAGCGGCAUUUUAUUUGAGACAGCGACGGCGCGGGUGGAGUUGGCACACUGGAUUUAGUAGCCAACCGCUACCAUCGCUACGUUAGCCUUUUCGAUCAUAUUUACAUAGGAUUGGAUCGGAAUCUACCUUUUAAGAUAAACAAGAAUUUCGUCCGUCUUCCGUUCGAAUAUGUUGUUGUCAAAAUUUGGCUCAUUUCCGCACAUUUACAACCCUUCGAGCAUGGACCAUUUACCGGUGAAAAUACAACUCCAGCCAGGUAUGAACCCACUGUCAUUCUUCGUGCUGUACAUUGCCAGAAACAAUGCACUGUUUAGCGAACUAGCGUUAUGUUGCAGUCAUUCAUACUUCCUAUAAUGAAAUAAUAAUUGUAUUUUACUAACUCUAAAACCCUGUGCGUGAAACUAUUUAAAUGGCUUCGUGCCGUGGAUAUGCACGCCAACGCCGGUUUUUAUUACAAACAUAUAGCUAGCUAGUAUUGUAACUGUCUGCAAAGGCUAGUCAACGGCUGCGACUCGACUGGCUAUCUUGCAGUGUGAAAGACGAGGCUGUCGUGUAUGCUUAUCUGCUCUCAAUUUAAUGUUUCUCAAGUUAAAGUGGAAAAGGAGCCGUUCGAAAAGGUUUACACAGUGGGAUCCGUGCUGGGCAGCGGUGGAUUCGGCACAGUCUACGCCGGUAGUCGGCUCUCCGAUGACGCACUGGUAAGAAUAUGAAUGUUUUGAUCUCCGCACAUGGCGCCAUCAGGCAUCUCAUCGUUAUUUGAUCUCUUCGUUAUUUACUAACUUCGUUGUUGCUACAAUGUAUCUAAUGUGUCUUUUUUUUCUCUCCCGAAAUUAGGUUGCAGUGAAACAUGUGCCGAAGGAGCGUGUGACCGAAUGGGGCACUAUUGUAAGUAUUACCACUCCGGUUUGUUUAGGUUUUUCACCCAUGCUAGUUGUCAUGGUUUGAUAAUUGAAUCGAUUCUAGGUCACUCAACUCAUUUGUGAUUCAUAUUGUUUUACAGAGUGGUGUGGUGGUGCCUUUGGAGAUUAUUUUAUUGAAGAAAGUCAGUUCGUCGUUUCGAGGGGUUAUACAACUCCUGGAUUGGUAUGAACGACCAGACGGCUGGUUGAUUGUUAUGGAACGACCGGAGCUGGUCAAGGAUCUUUUCGAUUUCAUAACGGAGAAGGGCGCUUUGGAUGAGGAGACUGCGAGGGGAUUUUUCCGUCAGGUUUUGGAGGCUGUCCGCCACUGUUACAGCAGCGGGGUAGUUCACAGAGAUAUCAAAGAUGAAAAUCUGCUUGUAGACCUACGCACUGGGGACCUCACGCUUAUUGAUUUUGGUUCAGGGGCGAUUCUCAAGGACACAGUCUACACUGACUUUGACGGUACGUACCCUACCCUGACUCAAUGCAAUGGCUCGGUUGUAUUUUCUGGUUUUGUUUUUGAAGGCGCUUUCAGCAAUAUUUGUUUGACAGGUUAUUUUAUACUGUUUUUGUUUACUCGUUAGAUUUGGAGUAUUUUUGACUUUGGUAUAGAUAGCUACUCGCCUUAGAUCGUGAGCUGGUAAUUUCUCUUCCCCCUGUAUUGGCGGGUGUGUCCACAAGACGCUGUGACGCAGUGGUUUGUUUUUGAUACUUACAUUUUUACAUUUACAUUUUAGUCAUUUUGCAGAUGCUCUUAUCCAGAGGGACUUACAGUUAGUGAGUGCAUACAUUUUCAUACUUCAGAGUUUUCCCUCGGGCUGUAACAUUAUCAGCGAGGUUUAGGAGUGAUUUUUUUUAUAAAUAGGCCGAUCCUUAUUCAUUUUGCUUGUCCCUAUGUAGUUAUUUAUAAAGGUGCUUUAAAUUAUGGCAUAUUAGUCAAUAAGAUAGCACACUAGAGUAGUAAAAUAGGUUAUUGUUAUAUGUUGAUAAUUGUCUGUUAUGUUACAUUAAAUGCUAAUUUCAAAGCCUUUAGGUAAUGGCUAUUGGGCCAGCUGCCACGUAACAUCUGUUUGUUUUGAAACCUGAGCUUGGGCUGAUUCAUGUCACGUGAUGGCUCAAAUUGCGCAUUCGAGUUUUUGUUUGGUAUCCAAGUUACUCAUGCCCAGAGUGAGGUGGGUCAACCAGUUUCAUAGAGAUUUGUUGUGAAAAAGAAAAAGGCUUUUUAACGCCAGUAUAACAUCCUUGUUUUAGAUGGAAUUACACUUGCCAUGUUCAGCGUUAAUAGAGACAUUAUCUGACUAUUUUUAAGUAUCCAUAAAUUAUAAUAUCUUACAAAAUCCAACAGUAUUGCAAUAUAGUCCUAUUUAUGUUAUUAUUGUCACAUGAAAUGCCCCAAAUAAACUUUUUUGAUGUUAUUAUAGAAGUAAAACAUCACUAAUCACCACCCCCUUUUCUCCUCCAGGUACAAGAGUAUAUAGCCCGCCAGAGUGGAUCCGCUUCCAUAGAUACCACGGGCGCUCGGCUACGGUGUGGUCGCUAGGGGUGCUACUGUAUGACAUGGUCUGUGGAGACAUCCCCUUUGAGCAAGACGAGGAAAUCCUCCGGGGGAGACUGUACUUCAGGAGGAGAGUGUCUAAUGGUGUGUACUACCUCCAAUAUACAACCUACUAUCAUAAACACACAUUGCUUAACACUCUAAUCUAAGAACAUAUUUCUAAACACGUUCUAUUUCAUUUCUUCCUGUGUGUUCCUAUACCCCUCUCUAUCUCCCUCUUGAGAUUCUCCCACAAAAUAAAAUACUCAUCCAUGUUUUCCCCUUUUCUCUCCCUCCUUCCAGAGUGCCAGCAGCUGAUCAAGUGGUGCCUGUCGUUACGGCCCUCAGACAGGCCUACUCUGGAACAGAUCCUGGACCACCCGUGGAUGCGCUUGGCUGGGGAGGUGUCGAUGUCCUCCAAGCCUGAGGAUGGGGACAUCCAGCUGAGGACCAUCGACACAGACACGUCAUCGAGCACAAGCUCCAGCAAGGAGAGCCUUUGAAAGAGAAGAGGGGAUGAGGGGAGAGAAUGGACACGAGGGGGGACUCUGGUCCUUAUGCCCCAGCUUGGGCUGGCAGAAUUAUUGUUUCCUUUUGUAGGGAAUUAUUAUAAUUUAUUACAGUUUGUUCUUCCUUUUUAUCUUUAAUUUUAAUUUUUUAUAACUCAUUAAUUGUUUCCUAAUGUGGAACAUUUGCUGUUUGGGCGGUCUUUACCAGUGACUAUUUAUUUUGUACUUUAUUAUUUUCUAAUUUGUUAUAACGAGGCUGGUUUAUGCAUCUGGUUUAAAGCCCCCUAUUCAGACAGACGUGGCUGCUCUCAUAGAGCUUGGAGAAUACUUUAUAUUUAAAUGUUUUGAUUUGGAGUGCCUUUUUGAAAGCUGCUUCUCGGGGGCUUUUGUCAUAACUAUUUUUUUGUUAGAACCCUUUUGGGCUGGUUUGUUUGUACG